AUGCCAGCUAAUGUAGCAAAUGAUGGUAAAGCUAAGAAGAGAAAGAAAAUGAAACGGAAGAAAAAUCAUACUGUAAAAGAAAUAGCUAGCGAAGAUGAACUCGUCAAAAAUCGAUUAAAUGCAAAAUUUAAAAUGAAAACACAACGAUCAAAUGAUGAUGGUAUGCCAUGUCUAAGACUGACUAAAAAAGAACAAAUGGUGGUGAAGAAUGGCGAAAAACAUGAUGUUUUAUUGAAGAGAAGUCAAGAAGCAUUGUUAAAUCGUUUAAAUCAAGUUGAAUGUAACGAACUAAAAAUAGUAACUCGAUGGAAAUGUGCUCUUUGUCAACAACGUACUUUACGCUCUGUCUUGGGUGAUCUAUUCGGUCCAUACUUUAUACGAUUAAAUGGAAAUUAUUGGCCUACACAUUUGGCUAAGAAACCACAAAAAAUAAAUGAUCAAACUGAAUUAUAUUGCGAUAUUUGGCUUCAUGGUCCAUGUGCUCUAACUGCACCUGGUAUAUAUCUGGUCGGUAAUCAACUUGAUGGACUGGAAACAAAAAUUGGUGCUUUUUGGGCACAGCACUGUGCUGUAUGCUCUAAAGAAGGUGCAGCAAUUGAAAAUCGCGGCAAAUAUUAUCAUUUUCCAUGCGCUCUACAAAAAGGUUCCGAUCAUUUAAUUUUUAUCUCAAAUAUAAGUGUUUAUUUUAUUUAA